AGGAUUACAGCACCCACGCAAGUUUCUUAACCCUUCUCUGCUUCGUUUUCUCAUGUGUAAGACUAAGACAGCCUCCCACCGAGACACACUUCCCUCACGUGGCUCUGGGGAGAAAUACUGUGGAAAGUUUUGCUAGUAACCUCUACGGCAUGGAGGGAGUUCUCAAAAAGCGAUUUUAGAAAGGUGUUUAUGCCUGGGAAGCCUGUUCAUUUUUGUGAUAUCCUUGGAGCUGGGCCAGGCACUUAUCGAGCUAAAUCUAAUUUUUGUCAGAAUGGCAGGGGGAAGUCAUGGAGGAAAAUUUCCAAAGGAAGGGGUAACGGGAUGGGUGGGGGGUGGUGUUGAGGGCAUAGGCAGAGGCAGUGACCACGGACAGGAGGUGUCCACAGAACGGGGACUGCCACUGGCCCUGGAGACAGAAGGUCAGCCCCGGGUUCAAAUUCUCCCUUAGCCAAGUGCUGAAAUGGACUAGUUGUUGAACCUCGUUCGGCUUCCUCAUCUGUCAAGCAGAAAUCAAACCUCGAACUUCCUCCCGUUGUUAGAAUUUCAAGGGAGUUUUAAAGACAGAGCUUUCAGCUCUGACCUGUGAACAAGUGUGACAUCAAAUUUACUGUUCGUUGUUAUUAUUCUGUUGUUACGAGGCAGAGAGUUAGUUUCCCGGCUCCCCUGCAGUCAGCCCCUCCUGGAUCUGUCUGCCAGCCCCGCCCCUGGGUCACUCCAGCCAGGCUGUGCCAGGUGAACGCUCAGGUAUGCAGAGGCGGAGGCAGGACGGCCCUGGGAGGGAGCAGGAGGAGGGGCCGGCAGCCUGGAACGGAAAGGACAGUGGAGAGCAGGGCAGAGCCUGAGCAGGCAGGGCACCUCCAGGUGGGCAGGAGCUCCCACUCAGCACCAUGAGCACCGCUACCGGCCCAGAAGCUGCCCCAAAGCCAAGUGCCAAGUCUAUCUAUGAGCAGAGGAAGCGUUACUCCACAGUGGUUAUGGCCGAUGUAUCCCAGUACCCAGUCAAUCACCUGGUGACGUUCUGCCUGGGUGAGGACGAUGGCGUGCACACCGUGGAGGAUGCCUCCAGGAAGCUGGCCGUCAUGGAUAGCCAGGGCCGAGUCUGGGCACAGGAGAUGCUGCUGCGAGUGUCUCCCGACCAUGUCACGCUGCUCGACCCGGCCUCCAAGGAGGAGCUGGAGUCGUAUCCGCUGGGCGCCAUCGUGCGUUGUGAUGCGGUGAUGCCACCCGGCCGGAGCCGCUCGCUGCUGCUGCUCGUGUGCCAGGAACCCGAGCGCGCGCAGCCCGACGUGCACUUCUUCCAGGGCCUGCGCCUUGGGGCGGAGCUGAUCCGAGAGGACAUCCAGGGGGCUCUGCACAAUUACCGCUCGGGCCGCGGGGAGCGCAGGGCGGCGGCGCUCAGGGCCACGCAGGAGGAGUUGCAGCGCGACCGCUCGCCCGCCGCUGAGACCCCGCCCCUGCAGCGCCGUCCGUCCGUCCGCGCAGUGAUCAGCACCGUGGAGCGGGGCGCAGGCCGCGGGCGACCCCAGGCGAAGCCCAUUCCCGAGGCAGAGGAGGAGCAGAGGCUUGCGCCCGCGGGGACCUCGAGCAGCGCUGACCCGGCCUCCCCGGACCUGGGUCCCCGGGGUCCUGACCUGGCGGUUCUGCAGGCGGAGCGGGAAGUGGACAUCCUGAACCACGUGUUCGACGACGUAGAGAGCUUCGUAUCGAGGCUGCAGAAGUCGGCGGAGGCGGCCAGGGUGCUGGAGCAUCGGGAACGCGGCCGCAGGACCCGGCGCCGAGCGGCUGGGGAGGGCCUGCUGACGCUGCGGGCCAAGCCGCCCUCGGAGGCCGAGUACACCGACGUGCUGCAGAAGAUCAAGUACGCCUUCAGCCUGCUGGCCCGGCUGCGCGGCAACAUCGCCGACCCCUCCUCCCCGGAGCUGCUGCACUUCCUUUUCGGGCCUCUGCAGAUGAUUGUGAACACGUCGGGGGGGCCCGAGUUCGCGAGCGGCGUGCGGCGGCCGCACCUGACGUCGGAUGCCGUGGCGCUGCUGCGGGACAACGUCACUCCACGUGAAAACGAGCUCUGGACCUCGCUGGGGGACUCGUGGACCCGCCCCGGGCUGGAGCUGCCCCCGGAAGAGGGACCCCCAUACAGACCCGAGUUCUUCAGCGGCUGGGAGCCGCCGGUUACUGACCCGCAGGGCCGCGCUUGGGAAGACCCAGUUGAGAAACAGCUACAGCACGAGCGGAGGCGCCGGCAGCAAAGCGCCCCCCAGGUCGCUGUCAAUGGUCACCAAGACUUGGAGCCAGAAUCUGAGCUGGAGUCAGAGACAGCAGGAAAAUGGGUCCUGUGUAAUUAUGACUUCCAGGCCCGCAACAGCAGUGAGCUGUCGGUCAAGCAGCGGGACGUACUGGAGGUCCUGGAUGACAGGCGCAAGUGGUGGAAGGUUCGGGACCCAGCGGGGCAGGAGGGAUAUGUGCCCUAUAACAUCCUGACACCCCACCCCGGACCCCGGUUGCACCACUGCCAAAGCCCUGCCCGCAGCCUGAACAGCACUCCUCCUCCGCCACCAGCCCCAGCCCCAGCCCCACCUCCAGCUCUGGCUCGGCCCCGCUGGGACAGCUGCGAUAGCCUCAACAGCUUGGACCCCAGCGAGAAGGAGAAAUUCUCCCAGAUGCUCAUUGUCAACGAGGAACUGCAGGCGCGCCUGGCCCAGGGCCGUUCGGGCCCGAGCCGCGCAGUCCCAGGGCCCCGCGCUCCGGAACCGCAGCUCAGCCCGCAAUCGGACGCCUUCGAGGUCCGAGCCUGGCUGGAGGCCAAGGGCUUUAGCUCCGGGACCGUGGACGCGCUGGGAGUGCUGACUGGGGCGCAGCUUUUCUCGCUGCAGAAGGAGGAGCUGCGGGCGGUGAGCCCCGAGGAGGGGGCGCGUGUGUACAGCCAGGUCACCGUGCAGCGCGCCCUGCUGGAGGACAAAGAGAAAGUGUCAGAGCUGGAGGCAGUGAUGGAGAAGCAAAAGAAGAAGGUGGAAGGCGGGAUGGAAACGGAGGUCAUUUGACCUGCCCGGCGCCCUUCGCAAAGAGUGACCAGACCCCGUGUGAGAACGGACUCUUCAGACUUCUCAAUAGCAGAAGUCGAUCUUCUGAAGGACAGCCAAUCUGCUCUGGCCCCGGUCUUCCCCCAUCCCCGUGGACAGACUGAAUAAUCCUUGCUGCAGUCCCUCUGGGGCAGAUCUGGACUGGCUGUGAGUGGGGAGGGCGUGGAGACAGUCUACGGAAAGCGCUAGCAGACCCCCGAGAGGGUGCAGUAGAGCCCUGAGCAUUGUAAUAUGCCGCCCAGCCUAUAAACAGCCUCCUUACUUGGCA